CAGGGAGGAGAAAAGAGGAGCGAGAAGGAGCACAGAAGAGAGGAGAGAAAAAGGAGAAAAUAGACGACCACAGAGAAGUGAAACUUUGGAUUCAGUGCUUUGAAAAAGAAGGCAAGGCUACUGUAACAAGGUCUCCCUGUGGUCUGCUACCUUCCCACAUUCACUGCUCACUAGCAUAUAAAGAGCUCCCUUGGGAGUGUGAAAGGAGUCAAGGGAAGAGAAGGAAGUGAUUUUGGUAGUGUCUCUUCCUCAGGUCAGGGAGAGAAAGGCAAGGAAUAGAUUCAAAAGAUGCUUACAGAUCAUUCCUUGGGAUGAAGAGAGAAGGCAAGAGGACAUGGCUGGUACUGGCUUCAGAAGGCUAUCUCUGAUCUCUGUUCCCCCAGCAGCCCAGCCUUCUCCCAUUGCCUGCCAUCACCAUCCACAUCAGCAUGUGGGUAGAGACACAUUGGAGAGGCAUUCGCCGAGCUUUGUUGUUUGUCUUCACCGCCACACUUCUCAUUGGGGUCAUCAUGCUGGCUCUCUCCUCUAACAUCAACCCAGUUGGAUUCUUCUUCCUGGGGGUGGGGGGCGUGUGCCUGAUUGGCUACCUGCUGAGUGUGUUUGUGGAAUACUUCCUGAAGCAUCGGCACUCACAGGAUACAAAUCAGGCAGCCACAAGAAGACAGAGCCAGGCCGGGGUGAAUUCUGCCUAUGAAGCACCAGCCUAUGAGGAGGUGGUGACGAUGACACCAGCCCCAACAGUCUGGACGAUCACCUCCACUUCAGGCACAGUGCCCUCAACACUGGGGGAGCCCCCACCAUACAGUGUGGUCAUUGAGCCGCCCAGUAUGGCAGAAACUGGGGCGGAGACCUUCAGCGUCUCAGUGGCUUCAGGCAUCAGGCGUGCCUCCGAGGCAGACGCAGGCUCCAGGCUGCACCUUAGGUUGGUGCUGCCCCCCAGGAUGCAGCGCUUUGUCUCAGAUAUCCAUGACGUCAAAGGUGCUGAAGAGAGGCUGGAGCCACUCACCCCACCACCUGCUUAUGAGAGUCCCACUGAUGAUGAUGUCUUUGCAGAAGCUUUCCAACCCUCAAGACAAUGAUUAAACAGACAGCCCCUGGUUGUUAUGGAUGAGACACAAAACCCAUCUAGUGCUACCACAAACUGGAGAAAGGAGCUCAGUGCUGCGGGCCAUGACAUGGGAGCACCAAGGGGUCCACAAUAGAGGAUGUGGGGCAAAGAUGGAAUGCUGAGCCCAGGGCUGUAGUCUGUAAGUGUGAAGAGGACAGUGCACAAAGACCCCUGCCCCUACACACAGUACACUCUGUACCUCUCCACACACACUGCUCAUUCUCUCCUGCACCCCCUACAUACACUACUCACUACCUGCUCCACCACCACCUGCUAUUUCCUACACAUACACACACUAUUCAUUACUUCCCUACAUGGACAAACUACUAUCCCCUUCAUGAACACAUACUGACUCUCUUUCUCAUACACACACUCACAUUAUCUGCUACUCCCUGCACAAACACUCUUAAUACUUUCUACACACAUAUAUGUACUGUGUACUUCUCCCCAAGCACAUGAAUGUCCACCCACUUACCUACUAUCCUCAAACACACACACAUUUGCCAAUGUCCUGGAUCAUUCCUUAGAGUUCAUGCUGUCUUGACAUCUUCCUCAGAAAUGAAUGUUUGGGUUUUUCCAGAAACAAUACAUUAACUGAUGAGCGGUGAGUUAGAAACUAUCCCUUAAAGUGGAUUGUUCAGAACCAGGGUCGUCUUAGAUGAUAAACAGAAAUGAGUGACUACUCACCAGCAGAUACCAAAGACAUCCACAGCCUUGGAGAGACAGCCCUACGUUUUAUAGGGUCCUACAUUACUUAACAAGUGUGAGGCCCCAUCCAACUCCCUCUGCAUGCCCACAAAGUCCCUGUCUGUCUGCAUCCCCUUCUGAAAAGCUAUUUAUGGGGCCCCACAGAUUUUUUUUUUUUUUGCCUUCUCUCCAUGGAGCCAAAAGGUGGAGAAGAAACAACUGUCUUAGAGGAAGCCA